AUGGAGGCUUAUAUUACCUUGCCUAAAGGAACAUACUUGGUUGAUAUCAGAUACGCACCAAAGGAAAAUUGUGGAACUGCCGCCAUAGGGUACCCAAAGACUCAGCUGCACAACCAGUGCCAAGUUCCAACCGUAACCUGCUCAGAUCCCGUUCCAGAAAUGUGCGGUUGCACGUGCAGCGAUGGCGCCAUGUUCAGCCACGAGCGACCUUCACAUUUGGGACCAUCCCCUAUCCCGCCACCACCACCAUCUGUUUUCGAACCACCCCACCAGCUCACGGAAAAGCCAUGCACUGAACAAACCCUCCAGCCUUGGAAGCCAGUCGUAGUCAAUCGUAAGCCGUACACAGGCACAGAUUCAGGCUUAGUAAAUGUAUCAUUUGAAGCGCCGGAAGACGGUGUGCUUGUGAUAUCGGAUUCACAUGGCCGUUGCGAGCACUUUGAAACAUCUGGAACUGGUCCUCUUGACUUCUCUCAAUGCGGACUUCCAGAUGAAUGUAUGGAGAAAAAUGGGGGCCAACAUGGAUACUUUGCCCUUCCUAGAGGUAAUUACAAGCUUGGGCUCAAGUGGACCAAGGUUACACCUGAAUGCGAUAGAUCUUCGAGUGGAGAAGGCCACUAUAAAUUUCACCGUAGAUGCUAG